ACGACACCGCGUGUAAACGACACGCUUUGGUGAACCACCCCACGAGUCGGUUUCGGAAGCCGAAGCCCAAGUGCUGUACCUUCGCAGUCGUGCGGUCUUCUCUGACACCGACAACCCGUGCAGGCGAACGCAGCGUCUGAGCCCCUGAGUGUCGAGGAAUAACGACGCUGCUCUACGACGACGAUGAGGCCUGUCAACGACGGUCAACCAGAGACGCCUGCAGGCGCAGGGCCCAACAUGAUCCGACGCCUGAGCAAAACCGACCGGUACGACCUGAGGCCCGAGACACCACCUUCCCAUCAGAGGCCCGUGUUCACUCAGCCGCACUUCGAGAGCGAGUUUGCGGGCAUCCCAAAGGAUAAGGUACCGAUAUGCGACCGUCUCACCAACUCACUGCGGAAACGAUGGCACGUCAAGCACCUCCCGAAGAAGCUGCUCGGCCUCUUUCCUAUCAUAGGGUGGUUGCGUACUUACAACCUCAAGCAGUGGCUCAUUUCGGACAUCAUCGCAGGAAUCACAGUCGCCAUUUUCCACGUGCCCCAGAGUUUUGGAUACUCACUCCUCGCCAGCGUGCCUGCGGUCAACGCCCUGUACACCGCCAUGUUUCCCAUGCUGAUGUACACCAUCUUCGGAACUUCCAGGCACCUCUCGAUCGGGGCUUUCGCCGUGGUCUGCAUGAUGACCGGAGCUGUUGUGGAGCAGUACAAGGACGAGUUCGGUGCAGCCGAGGUUGCUUCAACGCUUAUGUUUUUCGUCGGCUUGUACCAGCUCGCGCUCGGCGUCUUGAAUCUUGGAGGCCUCAGCGUGUUCCUAUCUGAACAGUUCGUCAGUGGCUUCACAGCUGGUGUGUCCGUCCACAUAGGCUCGAGCCAACUGGGCAGCCUGUUCGGCAUUCCCGUCGGCCACUUCUCCGGACCGUUUCUGCUCAUUAGGCUCUACGAUGCCUUCAUCAAGCUCCUCCCGGACACUCAUCUGCCCACACUCGGACUGUCCGUGUGCUGCAUCUUCCUCUUGCUCUUCGUCAAGCUGGCCAUCGACCCAUUCGUGUAUCGAAUGAUCAAGAUGCCCGUGCCUGUCGAGAUGAUACUGGUCAUCGUAGCCACAGUGGUGUCCAGUUAUUUCGACCUGGAGAACAAAGGAUUUGAAAUCAUCGGUCCAAUUCCCAACACGUUUCCGACGAUGGGUCUGCCAGACCUGAACUUGUCCCUUGUGACGAAAGUGGUCGUACCGGCACUUACUAUUGCGAUUGUGUCGUUCGCUGUCACGGUGUCCUUGGGACGGAUCUUCGCCAGAAACCACGGAUACGAGGUUGUGCCAAAUCAGGAGCUGCUGGCGCUUGGAAUGUCAAACUUCUUCGGAAGUUUCCUUGACUGCUUUCCAAGUGGCGCGUCUGUGCCGCGAAGUUCCAUCCAAGACAACACCGGUGGAAAGACACAGCUCGUAAGCAUCAUCAACACUGUCCUUAUUGCCUUGACACUCCUAUACCUUGGAAGCUACCUUGAAAAGCUGCCUGUGGCGGUGCUGGCAUCGAUCAUCUUCGUGUCGUUGAAGAAGGUCUUCAUGCAAGUCAGAGAUUUCUACAACUACUGGAAGAUCUCCAAGAUUGACGGACAAGUUUGGCUCGUGACUUUCUUCUCGACAGUGUUCGUGGAAGUACAACUCGGUUUGGUCAUUGGUGUAGUGUACUCACUGCUGACUCUGGUCUACAAGAUACAAAGGCCAAGCACAUGCAUCCUCGGACAAAUUCCGAACACUGACUACUUCGUCCCAGUCAAGAAAUAUGGAGUGGCACAAGAGGUUCCCGGAGUAAAAGUGUUCCACUUUGGCGGACCCCUGCACUUCGCCAACGCGGAAUUCUUCAGGGCGGAGCUGUCCCGGAGAACGCUGAUCCGAGUGCGCAAAGUGCUUGCAGCCAGAAAGAAGGAAGCUGCUGCCACGACCGGUAAGCCAUUGUACUGGGUGAACGCCGUGGAUCCGAGCCCACCUAUAUAUGACGAGCUAAACGAUUCCAUUGUCACCCUGCCAUCUAUGAACUUAUCGACUAAGGUGCGCGUCGACGGAGAUUCUUCGUCGGCUUCGUCUCUAUCCGCUCCGUCGACGCCCUCAACCACCGAACUUCCAAGCCACGUCGUACUCGACUUCUCUCGAGUCACCUUCGUGGACGGCUCCAGCUCCGUGGUCCUGAAGCAGGUCUUGAAGGAAUAUCGAAGCAUCAACAUCGUGAUCUACAUUGCCUGCUGCUCUGCACCCGUGUAUUCGAUGCUCAAAAAGGGUGAAGUGCUGGAAGAAAUUCCGGCUUCCAACUUCUACCCGUCCGUGCAUGAUGCCGUUAUGCAUGCAGGGAAACCAGAAAACGAGCAACCGUAUGCCUUUGCAACUACAUGAAGAUGAACGGACGGAAACGCAAAGGCGGCAAGAUUGCUUGCGUCUGCCCCUGAAGUGGAGACAUUGUACAUACAGCAUAGAAAACAUUCUCAUCGCUGACUAGUCUGAGGGCAGCCACAACAAUGCAUAUGCCAAAGACUUACAGAAGCAUCUGUGACAAUCCACACCCAGUGGAUACAUUCAUGCACGUGGUCAUUCUUUUAGUUGUAUUUAGUAUUGCAUCAGCGCGUUUUAACAUUAAGGCGUUUCUACGCAACACGUGCCCCUG